CGCCUCCAGCGGUGAUGAGCGGAAUGACUCCAUCUCCAUCCGCUCAGAGCGAGAAGAAGCGCUUCUCCUGCGGCUGAAGUUCAGAAGCCCGGAGAACCACCUGAAUCUCCCGAAGAUCCGCUGAAAUAGACGACAAUACCGGCCAACUCUACGAAAUCUCAUCUUCUGUGGUCAGGAAAGUCAGUGGCAUUUAGAGAGGAUGGUUUUCUCUCAUGAAGAUGCACAAUCAGGUGAGAGGAGGGCACUUCGUUCUAAGGGGUUGCCCUCGCCAGCUCUUUGCUGUGCUUGUGGGCUCUGCAUCAUGCUGGCGGGCAUUAACAUCACCCUAGUGGGUGCUCUCGCUUUUACCAAACUCCUGCCCUUAAACAACCCUCCCAUUAUCAUCGGGCCCAUCCUCCUCCUAGUGGCCUUUUCAUUCUUUGGAGCGUGUUGCAUCUGCAGUCGACGACCCAUCAGACAAAGCUCUCACAUGUCUGCUGGACGGGACCAUUGGCCAUUGAUGAGGAUGGGCAGAGCAGUGUUCGAGAUGGAGACCAGUGAGCCCACCCUACAGGACACCACAGCCAUUCAGCUCAGUCCAACACACUCUCCAAACUCCUCCACCAACUGCAGCCCCACCAACCUUCCUGGAGACCUGCCCUCAUAGUUUGGAUAUCAAACUGCGAAUUUGCAAAUGUCAGUUAUCAUAUCACGGUCUUAAAAUGAGACGUUUAUUAGUGUGAAUAAGCAGACAUUUGUUAGACCACUUGGAUGAAUUAUUUGAG